UUCAGCGCUCGUGUACACGCAGACUUCACCAAUGGCUCACCCCGCGCCGACAUGCUUCUCAACCUGAUUCAGUCCAACACCACGCGGGCAUUAGUAAUGAACGCGAGAAUAAUGAACAUCACGAGCGAGCUCAUGCUGCCUGACGCUCGGUCUCGGCUACCAUAUCACGCCAUCGACAGAGCUGCGAUGAUUCCCUCGGUACCGUCUAGCUUAGAACCUACGCACCUUCAGCUUACUGUCAGUCAUCACCCUUGGGUCGAUAUCUUGCCGUUACCCGAGAUCCGAGAUAAUAUUAUGCGCCAGGACGAAACUUCCUAUGACAAGAAGGCGCUGUGCCGCGACCUGAGAGGUUUUCAGGAUGUUGCUAAUGGGUUGGGGGGCAUGAUUGUCUGGGGUGAUCCUUCAGACUCUGAGGCAUGGGAAGUCACUGAAGCGUUUGCUUCGAAGUGGCCGUGGGUGAUUCAAGACUGCCCCCGGCUUCUGGAAUCCGCCAGGCACUGGAGAUCAAUAAGAGGUGAA